GUAAACAAUCACGAAAUCCAAACACUAUCACUACCUAACCCCCCCAGCAAUUAAUCAUUUAACAAUCCAACAACUCUUUUUUGACUAUUCCAACAUCCCAAUUCAUCCCAAUUAAUCUUUUUUGUUGCUUCAAAUUGAGCAAUUUCAGUAAUCGAUUCAAACAAAAUCAAAUUAUGGCGAAUAGCGGUGGUGGUAGUAAGAAGGAGAUAGCGUUGAGGCUGAGGAAGGCGGCGGAGGAGGCGGUUCAGUCGAUUGGGUUGGGCUACGAUUUGACCCUGGACCUACGGUUGAAGUACUCCAAAAAGCAGCGGUAUACCGAAUAUGGGUCUAGGCUGAUCGCCGUUGACGAUGGUCAAGUUCGCGAUAUCGCCGUUCCCGGGGGUAUUUUGGUCCAGAACGUACCCAAGUCCAUCAACUGCGACAAAGGCGAACGCAUGCGCUUCAGCUCUGACGUCAUACCCUUCCAGCAGAUGUCGGAGCAUUUCAACCAGGAAUUAGCACUUUCGGGUAAAAUUCCGACAGGGCAUUUCAACGCAGCGUUCGAAUUUACGGGAUCUUGGCAGAAAGACGCUGCAUUCACAAAGUCGCUUGCGUUCGACGGUGUUUCGAUCACGCUUUACAGCAUUGCGUUAGACAAGUCGCAAGUAGUUCUUCGAGAUCAUGUCAAACAAGCAGUGCCUUCUGCAUGGGAUCCUGCUGCAUUAGCAAGGUUUAUUGAGAAAUACGGCACACAUAUAAUUGUCGGUGUGAAAAUGGGGGGAAAGGAUGUUGUAUAUGUAAAACAGCAGCACUCGUCGCCUCUUCAGACCAUUGAUGUACAGAGAAGAUUGAAGGAUGUGGCGGACAAGAGGUUUACUGAUGCAAGUGGCAGUGAAACGAGUGCGGCUAAUGAAAGAGGAUUCGGCUUGUUGGAUUCCAGUUCACAAAGCUUUCACUCUAAUCAAGAGGAAAUAACCUUCUUCUGGAAGAGGAGAGGCGGAAGCAGUGUUAGGAACAUGCCUCAUAGUAAGUGGUGUCAAACUGUACAGUUAGAUCCCGAAGCAAUCUCGAUGUCUUUUAUUCCAAUUUCGUCGCUCUUGAGUGGAAUCGAUGGCAAUGGAUUGUUGGUUCACGCGAUCAAUCUAUACUUGCGCUAUAAGCCACCUAUAGAAGAGCUUCAUCAGUUUUUGGAAUUUCAACUUCCGAAGCAAUGGGCACCUGUAUUCGGUGAUGUUCCACUUGGUCCCGAUAGAAAACAGCAAGGAGCUGCGUCUUUGAAGUUCAGCUUGAUGGGUCCCAAGCUUUACGUAAAUACCGAUGAGGUGGAUGUCGGAAACAGACCAGUAACUGGUCUUCGUCUCUACUUGGAAGGAAAACGAAGCAACUGCCUAGCAAUCCAUUUGCAGCACCUCUCUUCCUUACCAAAAACCUUUCAACUUCAAAACGAAUCAAUUCAAAACAACAACUACAACACUCACGAUCGAAGAUAUUACGAAAAGGUCCAAUGGAAGAGCUUCUCCCACAUAUGCACAGCCCCCGUCGAAUCCGAAGACGAUUUCUCCAUAGUCACCGGCGCUCAGUUCCAAGUCAAAGAAACCGGCAUGAAAAAUGUGCUUUUUAUUCGACUCCAAUUUUCGAAAGUAAUCGGUGCGACGGUCGUGAAGAGGGCAGAGUGGGACGGAUCACCUUCGAUGGUUCAAAAAUCGGGGAUUAUAUCGACUUUAAUUAGUAGCCGUUUUUCGACUACCGGACAAAAAGCUGCUCCAAAGCCUUCUGAGGUUAAUGUGAACUCAGCUCUGUACCCUGACGGACCGCCCAUGUCUGCACAAGCACUUAAGCUUUUGAGAUUUGUUGACACGACUGAGAUGAAGCGGGGCCCACAGGAUUCACCGGGGUACUGGGUGGUUUCGGGUGCUAGGCUUGUGGUUGAGAAUGGCAAGAUUUCGAUUCGUGUUAAGUAUUCUUUAUUAGCGGUGAUUUUGCAGGAUGAAGAGGUACUAUUAUAGGGGUGUGUGGGUGUGACUGUGUGUGUUUUUGUGUUGUAAAAAAGUGAAAGAAAGUAUGUAUGUAUGUAUAAUGUAUGUAUGCACUGUAGGAAUUAGAUGGUUAAUAAUAGUAUUGACUAUUGAAUGAAUUAUUGUUGUGUUACUCUCUCCAUGUAAUAAACAUUUUCUUUGAAGCUUUC